CAAACGGCUUGACUUCACCUCUCUCCAACUUCACGACGACACCAUUGUGACAAAGUACCUUCGAACCCAGUAACAGGUCACCUUCUGAUCCUGAUGAUGGAAGCAACACCGACGCCCGGCUCUUUGAGCUGGCGCUUGAGCUCGCAUCCUAUUACGCUCCUGACAUUCCUCGCUUUUCGAUCAUCCAGUCUCCUUGUCUACCUUUUUGGCCUCUUAUUUACCGACAACCUUGUCAUGAUCUUCAUCAUAACCAUCCUCCUCCUCGCCGGCGAUUUUUACUACCUGAAGAACAUCGCUGGCCGCCGACUCGUGGGCCUGCGUUGGUGGAACGAGGUCGAUCCUAACUCGGGCGACUCGCACUGGGUGUUUGAAAGCAGCGAGCCGGGGACCAAGAUCAUCAACGCGACCGACAGCCGCUUCUUUUGGCUGGCAAUCUAUGCGCAGCCGCUGCUGUGGGUUGUGCUGGCUAUUGUGGCCUUGUUCAGUUUGAAGUUUAUUUGGUUGCCUCUUGUUGCUAUUGCGUUGGUUCUUACCAUUACCAACUCGCUUGCCUUCUCCAGGUGCGACAAGUUCAGCCAGGCUUCCAACAUUGCUGGAACCGCGUUCAGCUCAGGCAACAUUGCUGGUAACAUUGCGAGCAACAUGGUUGGCAGGUUCUUCUCGAGGUAGAGAGCAAGCAGGACGAGAUUCCCUGAGGUCAGGGAAAAAGUUGUGGCUUUGGAUUAGUCUCCGAAGGGACUGUUCUCGUCAGAUAUCGAUAGAGAAUUCAGCCCCGAGGAUACUUGAUGGCCAUCCUAGUAUUCUCAUGGUUUCAUGAUGUGCAUUAUGGGUCGGGCUCGAAAUUGGUGACAGUAUAAGGAACUUUUGCACGACAAAUUGCCGAUGGUUACCUU